UUUUAUUCUUUCUUGCAAUAAAAAGCUCUUUAGAACCCAUGUGAUAUCUCCACAACUCAAAGUUAAGUCACUAAGUUCAAUGUCCUUUUGUUAGUUUGUGUUUUUUACCCCCCUCUGUACAAUCCUGUUGGGGUUGAAAAUUGAAAUCAUGCCUUUAUAUUCUCGGCCAAGUUUGAGUGUCCAUGUAGAAAAAGAGACCAGACCCGUCUGCUGAUUUACUCCGUCCUUUUACUCUCUCUAGAUAAGACCUAUAUUCCCAUAAAGAAGCAGUGAGGGAUUAACUUUUGUUUGUAUGUUUGUAAGGGUUUGUUUGGGGAUUAAAGGCGACGUUGGGCAAGGAAUCUGAGCUGAGAGAUUGCAAUAGCAGGUUUUUUUUUUUUUUUCUGGGGAUCAGCAAUGAUCAGAAUUCAGAGUACAACACAGGCAAGAAAAGCAGAAAAUGGUGUCUGCUGCCUGAAGAAAAGCUAGAAGAAAUCAAAAUCCUCAUAAGGGCAAAAGCAACAAAGGGGCAAAAAAAAAAAAAAAAGGAAUCUGGAUUUCAGUGGGAAUCAUCAUCAGCAAAGAAGAGCACAAGAAUCACAAGAACAAAACUUGAGCAUAUACUAUCAUUUUCAGCAUCCUUACCAACAUUUAGAAAGCAUAUUUUCCCACCAUAGACAACCACAUCAGGAGGAAGAGGAGGAAGAGAAGAAGAAGAACCAGAAAGUUUAAACUACAGAAAACAAAAGAGACGAAUGGGCAUGAAGAGCACAGGAGGAGAAAUAGUUCAGGUUCAAGGAGGCCACAUUGUUCGAUCCACAGGUAGAAAAGAUCGUCACAGUAAGGUGUACACUUCGAAAGGUCUUCGUGACCGAAGGGUUCGACUUUCAGCUCACACUGCCAUUCAGUUCUACGAUGUUCAAGACCGUCUCGGCUAUGACCGACCCAGCAAGGCGGUGGAUUGGCUCAUCAAGAAGGCCAAAUCCGCCAUUGACAAACUCGGAGAGCUUCCUCCAUGGCAUCCGGCAGUUGGUAACACUACUGAAGAAGCUCCUGAAAUAAGAAUUGCAGAAGAAACUGAGUCUUCUGGUUACAACAUUCAGCUUCAGAGACAGUUUUGUGAGAACCCAGAUAACCAUUCUGGUUUUAUUUCGUCGCAGAUGGGCACUGAUGCCAUAGCUUUCUUCCCCACGAGUUCUGCUACUAUGAGUUCCUCUAUCAAUUUUCAGAACUACCCAGCUCAUAUAAUCUCCAGAACCACCGACCCAGAUGAAGAUCUAGGACUUUCUCUUCAUUCGUUUCAAGACCCAGGUCUGAUUCAUGGCCAAUCAUCACAUGGAGACGCGAAUAAUCCCGCAGGAUUUGUGACUUGGAACAACAACGACGCUUCUUCCAUGUUAGUGGGGCAAGGCUCGACUACAUUUUCUCAAAGGGGGACCCUUCAGUCCAGUUUUUCAGCAUGGAAUGACAAUAUUGCAAUGACUUGUUCUUCCUCGGAUCAGCAGCAGAACAAGUCUCAACAAGCUUCGAUCUUUGGAAGCAGGUUUCUUCUGUCUGAUGGAAUGGGAAUUCCUGGAUUCUGCAUUCCCGCGAGAAUUCAAGGCCAAGAGGAUGAUGGAAUUGCAUCUGAUCACAGGCCAUCUUCUUCUUCUUCCCCUAAUUCUCUUCACUGAAACUGUUUGGUGUUCCAUCCUUAUCCAUCAGGAGUGUUUCUGGCAUUCAUCAGAUUUGCAACUAAGUGGAAGAUCAUGAGAAUCAACAAAAUCCGAUGAAUGCAGCAGUUAUCUGGUGGAGAUCAACUCCUAGCUUUUUUCUGGAAAAUUGUUCUUGUAAUUUUAAUUUAGUUGUAUUUCAGUUUUUAAAUUUUGAUUUGUUAUAAUUAGAUCCUUAUAGGUUU